AAGGACGAGGCCACGCUUGGACUCAGCGGGGAUUAGAUCACAAUGGCUUUCUCUAACCAAGAUCGAUUCAUUGUGCGUUACCGGAGCUGUAUUGCAAUCGGCCGGCGAGCUGCCGCCACGGAUAACGUCUACAACGUGCCGUGCCACUGCGACCCUCUAGGGUAACUGCAGACGCUCGGCGCUUCUGCUGUAGCAACAGCGGUCCAAGACCCCAAAAGACCAUCAUCGAACAUGUCCGAAAACGCGGCCGCGCCCGCACCUCGGUCGCCAAAUACCACCCUGCAGCUUCAGCGGCGAAAGUCGUCCAGAGACCGCAUCCGAGACAUUCUCGAGGGUGCCCGCGAACGGGCCGAGUCGCUCGAUGCAGAUCCCGCCAGUCCCCGGCUACAGCCUCUCCUAGGCGACCCCAACCGCAGAGCCAGCGGACCAUCCGGCUCGGCUUCCCCUCCGGCACUUGACGCACUUAGACAAGGCGUAGUGACCGCACAACCAGGGAGGCAGCGCACCCUAGACUACCAGAGCACAGCCGAGAUCAGCCCCGCAGCACGUAGGAGGUCAACGCGGGAUGGGAAGUCUUCGGCUCAGCCACAAGGGCCGCCGCCGCCGCCAGGUGCAGAUGGGGCCGCCGAGGAGGAUGACUCGCGAGGACAACCUCGGGGACAACGGGAGGAACCGUGCUGGAAGCGUGCAUUACGUUACUUCAAGAGCAUAGAGCUUGAAAAUAAGGGGAGUGUUGCACGGGAUCACUUGGCCUUAGAACGCACAUUCCUCGCAUGGCUCCGGACAUCAUUAGCCUUCGCGUCGAUCGGAAUCGCCAUUACGCAGCUCUUCCGGCUCAACACGUCGCUGGCGGAAGACACGAAGCAGGCCGAGAGGCUACGGCAUCUGGGUAAGCCCCUGGGCACUGCCUUCUUGGCCGUCAGUAUCUUGAUCUUGCUCCUGGGAUAUAACCGGUACCUCCAGGGGCAGCAUUGGGUGAUCAAGGGCAAAUUUCCGGCCAGUCGCGGCACCAUCAUGCUGGUGUCGCUCAUAGCGUUUACCGUGACGUUGGCGUCGUUGGUUGUUAUCCUUGCAGUGCAGAAUAAUCCGAUGUGACCGGAGUCAGUGGUACAGAUAUUUGAGAGGUUGGAAGCCUGAGAAUGGAGAUAACUCGUUGCUGUGGUUUGAGUCCUGGUAGAAAGGACUUACAACCAGGUGUACUUUGCUAGUAGGAUGAUAAAUAUAAUGGUGCAAAUGCGAUUGAAGAGAAUAAAAUGUCCUGAAUCUACAAACAGAAAACGAACGUUUA